GGUUGAUGCCGCAAACUCUAACAUAGAAUCCAUAAGGAAUGUGUGAUUCUUGCAUGUCUUAAAGAGGGGAAAAGCAAGAUAAAAUACUUUGUCAGAUUUUUUAUUAGUAUAAAACAGGUUUCAGACUUACAUGGUUUAAAAUGUUUCCUAAUGUGAUUUCGCCUUCACAGUUGUAUCAAACAUAUCUUCGUUCAGCUGCCAAUUUGGACGCCCAAGGACUUGGUCAACCAGGACCCUCUGCAUCGUUUCUUGUUGAAAAUUUACUUCGUGAGAGAGGUCACUCAUUGCUCUCUCGCCAGUUUCCCUUGGGGAGACCCGUUCUUCCCCCACAACCGAAGUCUCCUGCCGACGGUACGCGACAAAGUCCCUCAGCAUCGUCGUUCCUGAAAUUCGGAGUUAAUGCAAUUCUAGGAUCUUCUGAUGACGAAAAUGUACAAAAGCAUGUGGAGGAGGCAUGCUCUUCAACACUGACUACCCCUCCCUCGUCCCUCCCCGGACUCCCAGCUUCCUACCUAAAGACAUGUGGAACAGGGUUUGUGGGACAGGGGUUGCCGCACCCUACCGCCUAUUUUCCGCGCCACCCUUUCUAUGAUCCACAUCUGAAUGGAAUGAUGAGGCAUCCAUAUUUUACAAAUUCCCCACUUUUACCGGUUCCAAAUGCGUUUACGUUUCUUAGCAGUAUGCGGGGAAAACCAAGAAGGGGGAUGUUAAGGCGAGCCGUCUUCUCAGACAUGCAGAGAAAAGGUUUGGAAAAGAUGUUCCAAAAACAGAAAUAUAUCAGCAAACCGGACAGGAAAAAAUUAGCGGCCAAACUAGGUUUAAAAGAUUCGCAAGUCAAAAUUUGGUUCCAAAAUAGAAGAAUGAAAUGGAGGAAUUCAAAAGAGCGGGAGAUGCUAUCAGGAGGUGGCUCACGUGAUAGUUCUUUACCGAGCAAAUCAAAUUCCAACAACGACGAUGACGUCAUCAAUAAAGAUGGUCAUAUUGCUUGCAAACAAUUAGAGUGCACACAGACUAGAGCACCUGAAGAAAACAUUGAAAAAACAAUUCAUAUUUCACAAUCACGUGACCUCAGAGAUGUGGCGUUUGAUUCAGAACAACCAAUGGAUGAUGCCGUUACAAGUAGUUCUGAGAGUGAUGAUGAAAUUGAUGUAUCAUGAUGUAUUAAUUUCUAAAGAUUCAAAAACAAAUUAAUUUGCUUUGAAUAAAAAUAAUAAGUGUUGAAAUAUUUUAAUACCUGCAUAAUUAUUUGUGACAUAAAGGGGUAGCCUUUUUCUUGUUUUGUGGCAAGAAUUUGUUGAUUCUUGGAUGAGUUUGAUGAAUUAUACACGUCCACAUACUUGUCUCUCUUUUUGCUGUAACAUCUGCAGUAAUGACUGAAUGUCAUGUACAUUACAGAUAUUUAUUUUAAAGGUGCAAUAUUUGCUGCAAAUGUCUUACUUGAUCUUUAUAUCUGUGGACUCUUUAUUGUACUAA